GCUACUGUUAAAAAAAGUUGGCAAAAUUUCGUGACUCCGGUGAAAAUUGUGAAAAUUCUUGAAAACCAAAGAGAAAUAUAAACCAAAAGCCACAGAAUGCCGCGAAUAAUGAUCAAGGGCGGCGUGUGGCGCAACACGGAGGAUGAGAUCCUCAAGGCGGCGGUGAUGAAGUACGGCAAGAACCAGUGGAGUCGCAUUGCCUCUUUGCUGCACAGGAAAUCCGCGAAGCAGUGCAAGGCCAGGUGGUACGAGUGGCUGGAUCCCAGCAUCAAGAAAACCGAGUGGUCCCGCGAGGAGGACGAGAAGCUGCUCCAUUUGGCCAAACUGAUGCCUACACAAUGGCGCACCAUAGCCCCGAUCAUCGGGAGAACGGCGGCGCAAUGCCUGGAGCGAUAUGAGUACCUACUCGAUCAGGCACAGCGCAAGGAGGAUGGCGAGGACACCAUGGACGAUCCGCGCAAGCUGAAACCAGGCGAAAUUGAUCCCAAUCCCGAGACCAAGCCGGCGCGUCCCGACCCCAAAGACAUGGACGAGGACGAGCUGGAAAUGCUGUCCGAGGCCCGUGCCCGUUUGGCCAACACGCAGGGCAAGAAGGCCAAGCGCAAGGCGCGCGAGAAGCAGCUGGAGGAGGCCCGUCGCCUGGCCACCCUCCAAAAACGCCGGGAACUGCGAGCCGCUGGAAUUGGAAGCGGAAAUCGCAAGCGGAUCAAGGGCAUCGAUUACAACGCAGAGAUUCCCUUCGAGAAGCGACCCGCCUUGGGAUUCUACGACACCGCCGAGGAGCAUCUGCAGAAGCAGGAACCGGACUUUAAUAAGAUGCGCCAGCAGGAUUUGGAUGGAGAACUGCGAUCCGAGAAGGAGGAGCGCGAAAGGAAGCGCGACAAGCAGAAGCUGAAGCAGCGCAAGGAGAACGAGGUGCCCACCGCCAUGCUGCAGAACAUGGAGCCGGAAAGGAAGCGCUCUAAGCUGGUGCUCCCGACGCCCCAAAUCUCCGACAUGGAGCUGCAGCAGGUGGUUAAACUGGGACGAGCCAGUGAGAUGGCCAAGGAGAUUGCGGGGGAAAGUGGCAUCGAGACAACGGAUGCUUUGUUGGCCGACUAUUCCAUCACUCCCCAGGUGGCGGCCACUCCGAGGACCCCAGCUCCCUACACCGAUCGAAUUAUGCAGGAGGCGCAGAACAUGAUGGCCUUGACCCACACAGAGACUCCGCUAAAAGGAGGUCUAAACACCCCGCUCCACGAGUCUGAUUUCUCUGGUGUUUUACCCAAAGCGGCUUCGAUUGCUACUCCAAAUACAGUGAUUGCCACUCCGUUUAGAACGCAGCGAGAGGGCGGAGGAGCAGCCACUCCCGGGGGAUUCCUCACGCCCUCUUCGGGGGCUUUAGUUCCAGUAAAGGGAGCAACUGGAGCUGCUAUAAAUACCCCCGCUUAUGUGCGAGACAAACUAAGCAUUAAUCCCGAGGAGAGCAUGGGCGUUACUGAGACCCCUGCUCUGUAUAAAAACUACCAGAAACAACUAAAGUCCACGCUCCGCGAGGGUCUCUCCACCCUGCCCGCUCCCCGCAACGAUUACGAGAUCGUGGUGCCUGAACAAGAGGACAGCGAGCCCAUGGAAACCAACACAGAGCCCGCUGUCGAGGAUCAGGCGGAUGUGGAUGCUCGUUUGCUAGCCGAACAGGAGGCCAAACGCAAGCGGGAGCUGGAGAAGCGCUCCCAGGUCAUCCAGCGCAGCCUGCCAAGGCCAACAGAGGUAAACACAAAGAUUCUAAGGCCACAGUCAGAGAAACAGAACCUCACGGAGCAGCAGCAGGCGGAGGAGCUGAUCAAGCACGAGAUGAUCACAAUGCAGUUAUACGACUCUGUGAAGGAUCCCGUGCCGGGACAGUCGCAGCACAAGCUGGAGCAGCUGCAGAGCUACUUCAAGGCCAAUCCCUACGAGGACAUCUCGCAGCAGGAACUAACCACCGCCCGGCAGAUGCUCGACGAGGAGAUGGAGGUGGUCAAGGAGCGCAUGUCGCACGGCGAGCUGCCGCUGGAUGUGUACGCCCAGGUGUGGCAGGAGUGCCUGGGCCAGGUGCUCUACCUGCCCUCCCAGCAUCGCUACACGCGCGCCAAUUUGGCCAGCAAGAAGGAUCGCCUGGAGUCGGCGGAGAAGCGACUGGAGACGAAUCGCCGGCACAUGGCCAAGGAGGCCAAGCGGUGCGGCAAGAUCGAGAAGAAGCUGAAGAUCCUCACCGGCGGCUACCAGGCGCGCGCCCAGGUGCUCAUCAAGCAGCUGCAGGAUACCUACGGUCAGAUUGAGCAGAACUCCGUUUCGCUGUCCACAUUCCGCUUUUUGGGUGAACAGGAGGCCAUUGCGGUGCCGCGUCGUUUGGAAUCCCUGCAGGAGGAUGUGCGCCGGCAGAUGGACCGCGAGAAGGAGCUGCAGCAAAAGUACGCCAGUUUGGUGGAGGAACGGGAAUCGAUUUAUUCGCAAAUUGAGCUGAUAACCGGCGUGAGGCCCACGGCCCAGCAACUGCUGCCCCCCGCCGAACAGGAGGCUUAA